AAUAGACCGUCAUCCAACUAAGGGCUAAAGCGGCUAUUCAGAAGGCAACGCGAAAACCGUCUGCUGCUGUGGCAUAGUUUUGCAAUUGCAAAUGAACGUUUCGAAUUUGGGAGGGAAGGCAAGGGAAAGCGUGGCCGUCUACCAGAGUAAAAAUGGGAGGCCAAAUGGCGAGCAACCUCUCGAGCUUAGUACACGAACUUCGAGAACGCAUAGCGGCAACCUCUUCCACUCCACCCAGCAAAGUCGAUGAUGAUGCAUUAGAGAUCAGAUUUCGCGCCGUGCUUCCUAAUCUCCUUCACGCCUACGUCGUCCCCUCUUCGUCUGCUAGUGAGAGAGAGGUUAUUGCUGUUUUGAAGCUAAUUUCUCACACUGCGAGGAAUUUUCCCGGUGUCUUUUAUCAUGGGAAGGCCAGUGCUGUACUGCCGGUGAUUGGUAGGAUUUUGCCAUUCUUUGCAGAACCUGCAUUUCGCUCACGACAUGGAGUUAUUUUUGAAACGGUUGGAUCUCUAUUAUCCUUGCUUCGUACUGGCGCGCGAGAUGCAUACUGUCAAUUUUUCAUUGAUGCCAUGUCAGUUGUUGAAGAUCUUUUGUAUGUGGCAUCACUUUCUGCUGAAAAGACAAGCAUUUCAAGUUCUGCUGGAUUAACUUUGAAAUGUUUCUGCAAGUCCUUUACUGGAUUUUCUGGAGAUCCUACUUGUCUUUGUGAUCUUCCUGCAAGUAGUAAACCAAUGGAUGGUGCUGGCAUCUUGAUCAACAUUAUGGACAAAAGGAGGUGGCAACCUUUUGCAACUUGGAUAAUUAGGCUUCUUAACAAAUGCGUUACUGAAGGAACUCUAUAUGUGGAGGGGCUCAUCAAUAUAUCAAGUGUUUUGGCUUCCUGUUCUCUCUUAUGCUACGGAGAUGCUGACUUGCAUAUGGCAUGUUUUGAUUUUGCACGCAUCAUUGGAUCAGUGAUAGAUAGUGACAUCAUUCCUCACCAGAAUAUAAUUGAGUCAAUAGCCACAAUUUUAAGCGAGGACAAAGAAGGGCUUCCUAUAUUCAGAAACAUGAUGUAUGAUUCCUCCAUUGGUGGUUGCCUUACUGCAUUGCAUUCUAGUUGUCCUGAUGAUGUCGUAAAAUUAACAGCUGCACAUCUAAUGAAUGUUCUUCCUUUGUCAAUGUACAGAACCAAAAGCCAGGAGCUUAAGGAGGCUUUGUGCAUUGCUUACAAACGGAUUGCUAGAACUUGCCCCCCUCAUAUUUGGAAGCCAGAGUGUCUGAUACGUAUGCUUUGUUUUCAAGAACCCUACUCUUCCUUGAUUGAUUGCCUUCAUGUAACUCUCUUAAUCCUUGGUCCUGAGCGGGUUGGAGGGAGGGUGAUAACUAAUGGUAAUGUGUGUUUACCAGCAUCAUCUGAAGUAUCAAUUGAGAAGUUGAGGGUUGGAGAAAAGAGGCAUGUUCAGGAUAUAGAUAAUAUCAAGUUCAAACGCCAAAAGGUAGAUGGAGAUAUUAUGGCUUUUGCUGCUAAUGUUUCGGCGGAGAGUAAGCCUACUCAUAUAGUUAGCUUUGAAAAAGAAGACGAAGAAUAUGCAGAUUAUAUGCAUACAUCUCUUCUUUCAUUUCUUGAACUUCUGAAACCUCCUUCUGUGAGACUUGAAUCUUUAAGGCCUCAUGUAGCAUUGACAGCUCUUAGCAUGCUUUGUAUUGCUUUCUGUAGAUACCAAAUGACCAGUAUCUCACUCUCCAUCAUCCAGCAAAUGUGUUCAUGGAUCCCAUGGAUAUGUGAGCAGGCAAAUCUUGGAGGUUCAAUCACACUAAACAUUUCCAUCUAUUUGGAAGGAAUUCGCAGCAUAUUGCUCAUGCAAAGAAAUUUGCUAUUGGAGGACAAGCUUUUAAAACUUAAGGGCGAUGAUGUGAAUCUUAUGCACAUGUUACUAAAGCUUCCAUGGACUCAUUCUCAUAUGGUUGCUGGACCACAUCCUCCAUGGAAAGCAAAAUGUACUUCUGUCAAGGUUGUGCCUAUGUUAGGCAAUAGUUUGAAAACAGAAAGUGUUCUGGAAGUCCUAGAUUUGGGUCUUCAUGAUGAUGCUGAAGAUGUGAGACUUGAAGCUGUCAUUUCUAUGCCAAUGAUUGUCUUGUGGUCUGGUCUUGGAGUACUUGCACAAAUGUUCGAAAGGCUAGAGUUCUUGGAAAGAGAGGAGCAUGAGAGAAUUAAGAAAAUCAUUCCCUUUGCUCUUGGUAUUUUGUCAUGCUUAUAUGGAUGUUGCAGUAGUAUUGAUGGUCUAGAUAGGGGUGAAUGCAAGUUAUUUUUGGAUUUCAAUAAUGAGAAACACAGUCAGACAGAUUACUUGCUGCAAGGAUUCUGGUGCUUACGGUGUGACAGAAGCAUUGUGCCAAAUCAUGAGGUAUACUCUAAAAUAAUGCAACUGCCUGUUACGCAAAGUAGAGAAGUUGGUUUGAAUUGUGAUUUCUUUCAUCUCCAAUCCUUCUUCUUUAAACUUCUUUAUGAUGAUUCCUUGGAAGAGGUUCAAGUUGGCUGUGCAAGAAUUAUUCAACGUGUUCUUGUACAUGGUACUACGGAUAUUCUAAUUAAGACAAGAUUUGAAUGGAUUAGAUGUGUUGAAUUUUUACUAGUCAAUGCAAAGAAGGCUGUAAGGGAAGCAUUUUGCACCCAGAUAAGUUCGUUCCUGGAUGAUUCUGUAUUAAGUUGUUUAUUUUCAGAUGGGGAUUUGUCAAGUAAAACUAAAGAACAGAAAUUUUUAGAUAUAAUGAAACAUGCUUUGGAGGCAGCUAAGGACCCACAAAUCUUUGAGACUCUUUUGGAAUCUACUGCACAAAUUAUGAUUGCAGUUGAUAUCUCCAGUCAACUUUUCUUGUAUUCUCUUAUCUUGUUGGUUGAUCAACUUGAUAAUCCAUACGUGACUGUAAGAAUGAGUGCAUCAAGGCUAAUACACAAAUCUUGCUUUUUCCAUCUCAAAGGGGGAUUUGAGCUAAUCCUUUCAAAAGUUGUUCAUAUCCGAAAUGAACUCUUUGAUUAUCUAACUAUGAGUCUCGCAAGUCGUCCACAAAUGGUCAGAGAGUUUGCAGAAGCUGUAUUUGGCAUUGAGACUAAAGAGCUUGUUGAAAAAAUGAUUCCCACAGUUCUUCCAAAGCUUGUUGUGUCUCGGCAGGAUAAUGAGAAAGCAGUUAAUGCAUUAUUGGAGUUAGCCAAGUGUGUGAACACUGAUAUGGUGCCAUUGAUUGUUAAUUGGCUACCUAAAGUGCUCGCUUUUGCCCUUCAUCGGUCAGAUAGACAGGAGUUAUUCUCUACCUUGCAGUUUUACCAUGAUCAGACUGGUUCUGAUAACCAAGAAAUAUUUGCAGCAGCACUACCUGCACUUUUAGAUGAACUUGUAUGCUUUCUAGAUGGUGCUGAUUCAAUGGAGAUAAACCAAAGGUUAUCACAAGUUCCUGAGAUGAUAAAAGAAAUUGCCAGAGUUCUGACAGGUGCAGAAGAUCUUCCAUGCUUUUUGAGGAAUCAUUUUGUUGGUUUGCUUAACAGUAUUGAUAGAAAAAUGCUUCAUUCAGAGGAUUUUUCGCUACAGAAACAAGCUUUACAACGUAUUAAGAUGCUGAUUGAAAUGAUGGGCGUUCAACUUAAUACUUAUGUCCCAAAACUAAUGGUUAUUCUCAUGCAUGCCAUUGAUAAAGAAUCUCUGCAAAGUGAGGGUCUCUCUGUCUUGCAUUUUUUCAUUAUGCAAUUGGCAAACAAAUCACCAUCUAGCACUAAACAUGUAAUAUCUCAAGUUUUUGCUGCACUUAUUCCCAUCUUGGAAAGAUAUAAAGAAAACUCUUCUAUGCAUUUAAACAAAGUUGUGAAAAUUUUGGAAGAACUUGUAUUAAAUAACAGAAUUAUCUUGAAGCAGCAUAUUCAUGAGUUCCCUCCAUUACCUAGUAUUCCUGCACUAGUAGAAGUAAACAAAGUUAUCCAGGAAGCGCGUGGCUCAAUGACUCUGAGGGAUCAAUUGCGAGAUGUUAUUGAUGGUUUGAACCAUGAGAACCUGAAUGUGAGGUAUAUGGUAGCAUGUGAGUUGAGCAAGUUACUCAACUUGAGAAGGGAAGAUAUUACAGCUUUGAUCACCGGCGAAGUUGCUGCGGAUAUGGAUGUUUUGAGCUUUUUGAUCACGUCCCUGCUAAGAGGAUGUGCAGAAGAAUCAAGGACUGUGGUGGGACAGCGGCUGAAGUUGGUUUGUGCUGAUAGUCUUGGAGCCUUGGGUGCAGUUGACCCUGCCAAGGUGAAGGGUUUUUCAUGUCAACGCUUUAAAAUUGAAUGUUCAGAUGAUGACCUUAUCUUUGAGUUGAUCCAUAAACAUUUAGCUAGGGCUUUUAGAGCGUCACCUGAUACCGUUGUUCAAGACUCAGCUGCAUUGGCAAUACAGGAACUGCUAAAGAUUGCAGGCUGUGAGGCAUCUUUAGAUGAGAAUGUUACUGCUUCUUCACAAUCACUGAAGGAGAAGAGUACUGAAAAUAGUAGUGGGAUGAAUAAUAGGGGUCAAAGAUUGUGGGACCGGUUCUCUAACUAUGUCAAAGAGAUAAUAGCUCCUUGCUUAACUUCUAGAUUUCAGCUUCCAAAUGUAGCUGAUUCGGCAUCAGCUGGCCCAAUUUACCGCCCUUCUAUGUCAUUCAGGAGAUGGAUUUUUUUUUGGAUUAAAAAACUGACUGCACAUGCAACUGGAUCUCGUGCGAGCAUAUUUAAUGCUUGUCGAGGUAUAGUGCGUCAUGAUAUGCAAAUAGCAAUUUAUUUGCUGCCUUAUUUAGUUUUAAAUGCUGUUUGUCAUGGUACAGAGGAGGCACGCCUUGGGAUAGCUGAAGAAAUCCUAUCUGUUCUUGAUGCUGCUGCCUCAGAGAAUAGUGGCGCUACAGUUCAUGUUAUCACUGGUGGCCAAAGUGAAGUUUGCAUUCAAGCUGUGUUCACACUCCUUGAUAAUCUUGGCCAAUGGGUGGAUGAUGUUGAGCAAGAAUUGGCUCUUUUCCAAUCUUUCCAGUCAUCAGGUUCUAAAAAGCAAGCAUCUAGAUCCAAAGAUCAAAGUUCAACUUCUUUGACUGAUCAGGAUCAACUGCUUACACAAUGUAAAUAUGUUUCGGAGCUUUUGACUGCAAUUCCAAAGCUAACCCUUGCUAGGGCCUCCCAUAGGUGUCAAGCUUAUGCAAGGUCUUUGAUGUACUUUGAGUCUCAUGUUCGUGAAAAGUCUGGCUCCUUUAACCCUGCAGCUGAGAGAAGUGGCAUUUUUGAGGAUGAAGAUGUUUCCUAUCUGAUGGAAAUAUACAGCUGUCUAGAUGAACCUGAUGGUCUAUCUGGCUUGGCAUGUUUACGUAAAUCAUUAAGCUUACAGGACCAGCUCUUAAUAAACAAAAAGGCAGGAAAUUGGGCUGAAGUUUUGACUUUUUGUGAGCAAGCUUUGCAGAUGGAGCCCACUUCAGCUCAGAGGCACUCGGAUGUUCUUAACUGUCUACUGAAUAUGUGCCACCUUCAGGCUGUAGUCACUCAUGUGGAUGGUUUAAUAUCUAGGAUUUCUAGAUAUAAGAAAACAUGGUGCAUGCAAGGUGUGCAGGCAGCAUGGAGGCUUGGGAAGUGGGAUUUGAUGGAUGAGUACAUUAGCGGGGCUGAUGAAGAAGGUAUAGUAUGCAGUGGCUCUGAGAGUAACGCUUCCUUUGAUAUGGAUGUUGCAAAGAUUCUCCAGGUUAUGAUGAAAAGGGAUCAGUUCUUAGUUGCUGAGAAGAUUGCAAUGUCAAAGCAAGCUCUGAUUGCUCCUCUUGCUGCUGCGGGCAUGGAUUCUUACAUGCGGGCUUACCCAUUUAUUGUGAAACUUCACUUGCUAAGGGAGUUGGAAGACUUCCAUAAUUUUCUUGGUGAUGACUCUUUCUUGGAGAAAACAUUUCAUCUGGGUAAUAUGGAAUUUGCAAAAUUGUUGGAUAACUGGGAAAAUCGGCUCAGAUUUACGCAGCCAUCUCUUUGGGCAAGAGAGCCACUUUUAGCCUUCCGGAGAUUGGUAUUUGGUGCUAGUGGUCUCGGUGCUCAAGUUGGGAACUGCUGGCUUCAGUAUGCAAAGCUCUGUCGCUUGGCUGGUCAUUAUGAGACAGCAAAUCGAGCUAUUCUUGAAGCCCAGGCUUCAGGUGCACCUAAUGUUCACGUGGAGAAGGCCAAACUUUUGUGGAGUACUAGGAGAUCUGAUGGUGCUAUUGCAGAGUUGCAACAAGCUCUCUUGCACAUGCCUGAGAAGGUUUUAGGCUCUGCCGCAAGGUCAUCAAUUACUAGUCUUUCAUUGGUUCCACUGAAUCCCCAAGCUGCACUUUGUGACACUCAAGCCACAAAUGAGAAUCAAGAUAUUGCAAAGACUCUCCUCCUAUAUACCAGAUGGAUUCAUUACACGGGACAAAAGCAGAAAGAAGAUGUCAUAGCACUUUAUUCAAGGGUGAGGGAACUGCAGCCAAAGUGGGAUAAGGGAUUCUUCUAUUUAGCCAAGUAUUGUGAUGAGGUACUGGUUGAUGCCAGGAAACGUCAAGAAGACAAUUCUGAACUAGGUCCCAGACUAGUGCCAUUGGCUUCUGCUGUUGUUUCUUCUGCCAAUAGUGAGAAGCGUUGGUGGCAUUAUGUACCUGAUGUGCUAUUAUUCUAUGCUAAGGGGCUUCAUAAGGGUCACAAGAAUCUCUUUCAAGCCCUUCCAAGGUUGCUAACCUUGUGGUUUGACUUUGGGAGCAUUUAUCAGAGAUGCAGCUCAUCUUCAGGUGAAGAUUUGAAAAAGGUUCAUGAGAAGGUAAUGAGCAUUAUGCGAGGCUGUUUGAAGGAUUUGCCAACAUAUCAGUGGUUAACAGUGUUACCUCAAUUGGUCUCUAGAGUGUGCCACCAGAAUGAAGAAAUUGUUAAAUUGGUCAAACGCAUUAUCACCUGUGUCCUCCGGCAAUACCCACAACAAGCUUUGUGGAUUAUGGCAGCUGUCUCUAAAUCAACAGUCCCUUCAAGACGAGAGGCAGCUGCAGCAAUCAUACAAGAAGCUAAAAAAGGGUUCAGCCAAGGAAACAGUGGGAGCAAUUUGUUUGUUCAGUUUGCUAGCCUGAUUGAUCAUCUGAUAAAAUUGUGCUUCCACCCAGGACAGCCAAAAGCAAAGACAAUUAAUAUAUCAACUGAAUUCAGCUCCUUGAAACGGAUGAUGCCACUGGGAAUUAUUAUGCCAAUUCAACAAUCUCUUACCGCUAGUUUGCCGACCUAUAAUAUCAGUCUAACUGACUCUCUCACCUCUGAUAUCUUUUCUGCCUCAGAUCUUCCAACAAUUUCAGGAAUUUCUGAUGAGGCUGAGAUUCUUUCUUCUCUUCAACGACCCAAGAAAAUUGUUCUGUUGGGUAGUGAUGGUAUUGAACGUCCAUUUCUCUGCAAACCCAAGGAUGACCUUAGGAAAGAUGCUCGUAUGAUGGAGUUCAAUGCAAUGAUCAACAGGUUGUUAUCAAAGUAUCCUGAAAGCCGCCGAAGGAAACUCUAUGUCCGUACUUUUGCAGUGAUUCCUCUAACAGAAGAUUGUGGUAUGGUUGAAUGGGUGCCUCACACUCGCGGCCUGCGCCAUAUUCUUCAAGACCUUUACAUAAGCUGUGGAAAAUUUGAUAGGCAGAAGACUAAUCCUCAAAUUAAACGGAUUUAUGAUCAAUGCCAAGGUAAAAUGCCAGAAGAUGAGAUGCUGAAAAACAAGAUCCUUCCGAUGUUCCCUCCCGUUUUCCACAAAUGGUUCUUGACCACUUUUUCGGAGCCAGCUGCUUGGUUUAGGGCGAGGGUUGCUUAUGCGCACACUACUGCAGUUUGGUCAAUGGUUGGGCACAUUGUGGGGCUAGGAGACCGCCAUGGUGAAAACAUUCUCUUUGACUCUACUACUGGUGAUUGUGUUCAUGUAGAUUUCAGUUGCCUAUUUGACAAAGGCUUGCAGUUGGAGAAGCCUGAACUGGUGCCUUUUAGGCUAACCCAGAACAUGAUUGAUGGUAUGGGCAUCACUGGAUAUGAAGGCAUCUUCUUACGGGUGUGCGAAAUCACACUUUCAGUACUGAGGGCUCACAGAGAGACUUUGAUGAGUGUUCUUGAAACUUUUAUUCAUGAUCCGCUUGUGGAGUGGACAAAAUCUCAUAAAUCCAGUGGGGUGGAAGUUCAAAACCCACAUGCACAGCGAGCCAUUAAUAAUAUUGAAGCAAGGUUGCAAGGAGUAGUUGUUGGUGUUGGAGCAGCACCCUCUUUACCUCUAGCUGUGGAAGGUCAAGCUCGCCGCUUAAUUGCUGAAGCUGUGUCACACAAGAAUCUUGGAAAGAUGUAUAUAUGGUGGAUGCCGUGGUUUUAGAAGUUCUUACAGGAACAAUUUAGGUCAGGUAAGGUGUGUCAUUUUCUUUGACUCGCCUAGUUUUGAAGGGAUCUGUAUCUGCCUUGCCAUUUUUGUUAUAUAUAUGAUCACGAAACUUUGCCCUUAUGACAACUUCAAAUUGAGUAAAAAUCAGUGAAUUCGUUAUAUGGUUACAAAAAAUCAAUCAGAUCACAUUGGACCAAUAUGUUAGAAUGUUAAUUGAAAUGCUAACAAGACAGUUAAAUUUCUUUUU